GGGGUUGGCCGCGAUGUAUCAUGGAGGAUCAGUAGGCAGACUGUGGCCGUAAGAGAGCAGCUCUCCGGACUCUAUACUCCGUUAUCCACCGUGUUAUCCUCCGUUCACCCGACCUCCACACACCCGAACAUGGACAUGAAAAAGAGGAUCACGCUGGAGCUGAGGAACAGGGGCCCGGCGGAGAUAGCGGAGCUGGUGGUGGAUAACAGCCGCUCAGCAGACGGUCAGGUGGAGGGUCUGACGGACGCCUUCACUGAGCUGGAGUUCCUCAGCAUGGUCAACGUGGGCCUGAGCUCUCUGAGCAAACUGCCUUGUCUGCCCAAACUACACAAGCUGGAGCUGAGCGACAACAACCUGUCCGGCUCUCUGGAGACGCUGUCAGAGAAAUGUCCAAACCUCACCUACCUGAACCUGAGCGGGAACAAGAUCAAAGAGCUGAGCAACGUGGAGGCUCUGGUGAACCUGAAGAGCCUGCAGAGCCUGGACCUGUUUAACUGUGAGAUCACGUCUCUGGAGGACUACAGGGAGAGUGUGUUCGAGCUGCUGCCUCAGGUCACCUUCCUGGACGGGUUCGACCAGGAGGACAACGAGGCGCCCGACUCUGAGGGGGACGACGACGAUGAUGACGGUGAGGAUGGAGUGGCUCCGGUGGGAGACUAUGACGAUGAUGAGGAUGAAGAGGAGGAUGAGGACGGCUCAGAGGGGGGGGAGGGGGCGGCGCCGCUCAGCUUCCAGGUGAACCGAGCAGCUCAGGACGAUGACGACGACGAUGACGAGUUUGGAGACGAAGAGGAGGAAGAGGACCAUGCGGGGGUGCAGGGAGAAAAGAGGAAGAGGGACGUGGACGACGAAGGCGAGGAUGACGAAGACGAUGAAGAGGAUUAAUCUGUCUCAGGAACUUUGUGAUAGUUUGUUUGUUCUAGAAUCUCACGUCUUUAUUUUUAGAUAAUAUAUAAGAAGAGUUUAUCAGGACUGUUCCCUUUAAACCUGCUGCUGACUUCCUGUUGGCAGAGGACUACACAAUGAUGUCACUUCCUCUCCACCAAUCGGACUCUUCAGGAGUCUAAGCCCCGCCUCCCUGCAGAUCGGGGGAGUCUAAGCCCCGCCUCCCAACAGACUCCACUUCCUGUCUCUCUGCAUCAUAUCUCUGGACUUCCUGUCGUUUUGACUCUCAGGCCCCGCCCCCUCGUGUUCAUCCCUGGUCACGUGACUGCUGUCUGCAGUCUGAUUGGUUAUUGGGGGGGGGGGGGGAGUAUUAGCUCUGAUGUUUGUUUUGUCUCUGAACACCUGUUAGUGUUUUUUAGUUUGACGUCAAACUGCCCCCCCCCCUCCCCUCGUUAGUGGCGCUUCAGGCUCCGCCCCAUGAAAAACAAAACAACCCCCGUGGUGCGUUCAGGUGCUCCUGUCUGUUUACAUCCAAUCCCGUUUAAGUAUGUCGGUCACAUGACCCCACGAGACAAAUCUGUUAAAGUUCAGAUUAUUUGUAUUUUUUAUAUAUUUAAUGUUUUCUGAAGUGUUAUUUUAAUGUUGUUUUAAUUAUGCUAAUGAGGAGUUAAUCAAUCUGUGGUUAAUUUGCAUAUUUAGUCACAUGACCACCGCAUAGAGCCAGUGAGUGUGUGACUGAUAUCUGGACAAACCUGAGGUACCUGAACGCACCGCUGCAGUGGAUUGUGGGAAACUGAGGGCUGGUAAAGAUGUGGGCGGAGCCUAAAGCUGAGGCGUCUGAUUCAGGUGUCGCUGCUCUGCGUGGGAAUCUGCAGCUUCAGGAGGAACAGAACAGGAGAUUAGAUUAUAGAGUAAAUUAUGAACAUGUGGUUAUUGUUAUUUUAUUGGGGGAGGGGCAUCACCUGUAUCUCCUAUUGGUCUGUUCCUCCUGACGGCGUUUUAAUAAACUGCUGUAGACUUUUA